CAUCAGACAUCUAUGGCCAUUGGCAGUGGCUUCUAGCUUUGGCUUUCCUCACUCUCUCACCCUUCAUAACUCUUUUCAACUUUCUCUGUCAUUCACUCUGUAUUUUCUAUCAUCAAUGAUCUGGUCGACUGGUUGUGGUGGCUCUACUCAAAAAUGAGAAGGGGGUGGGAGCCUCAAGUGCGGAUUUGCAGAUUGGAAAAUGGAGGUUGAUAAACGAGGUUCAAAAGGGGGUUUCCUUCACUUGCUUGAUUGGCAUGGCAAAUCCAAAUCCCGGAAGAAGUUGCCAGACAAGUCUGAACGACCCGACUUGCACGCAGACAGAUCCAUGGCAGGACGUGAGAAUGUAGAUAAUUUGAUUGAGGUAGAUGAGAAUGCAGCGGAUUUGAGUUGCAGACAACGUGGUGAUUGUAGUCAUCCUUCAAUAGUGAGCGCUGAUGAAGGAUGUGGAACCAAGGCCCCUGGAUUAGUUGCCAGACUCAUGGGAUUGGAUUCCUUGCCAUCCUCUGGCGUUAGUGAAUGCCAUCCAGACUCACUUCUUGACUCUUGCUCUAUUAGUGAUCCUUAUCACUCUAAGACUACUCCUAAUUUAAUGAGUGAGCACCAAAGUAUGGCGAAUGAUGGCAUGCCUGAUGAUUUCAAUGGGUUCAAUGAUAAUCCAGUAAAAUCCAGCUCACCAAAGGCACAGACCCGACCAAUUGAGAGGUUUCGAACUGAGAUAACAGCGCCCAAAUCAGAUAAAUCUGUUCCAACUACUCGCCAUAAACUGUUUUCUCCUAUUAAGUAUCCUGGGUUCAGUCCAAAUAAAAAUACAGCCUACGUAAUGGAAUCAGCUGCAAAGUUUAUUGAGGCAGCCUCUCGGGAAUCCAUUAAGGGUAAAAUUCCAUCUUCUGGGUUGUCUUCAGUGCCCUUGAGAAUCCGGAAUCUGAAAGAGGAGGUGGAAGCUGCACAGAAAGUUUCUAGACCUGCAAAACAAAAAGAGCCUGGCACUGCUAGGAAUGUGAAAGAACAGUCUCAAAACAAGAGGUGGAGUGGAUUACAAGGUAGGCCAAUAUUCAAGGCUCUCACGGAUUCAGAAAAAAUCACCUCUGAGACUUCAAAGAAUAAGGAAAAAUCAAUUUCUCUAGCACUACAAGCAAAGUUCAAUGUUCAGAAAAGAGAGGGAUUGACUUCAAGCAGUAAUGGGAAAUUUAAGAACCAGAAGGAACAAGCUGAGAUUGACUCAAACCAUAUUUUCAGGAGUGAUCCAGGCAUGCAAAGAAGUGCACAGAAGAGAACUUCCUCAAACAAGACUUCUACUGUGCUCAAGCAAAAUAAUCAGAAGCAGAAUUGUGUAUCCACUAAAGACACGUUAAAUAAUCAGAAGCAGAAUUGUGUAUCCGCUAAAGGCACGUUAAAUAAUCUGAAGCAGAAUUCUGUAUCCACCAGGGACAGGUUAACUACAAAAAGUUCAGGUUCCUGCCAGCAAGCUAGGAAAGCUAUGUCAAUGAAUGGUUCUUCUGGGCCUAGUAAGACCAUAAAUACAGUCGUUGUGAGCUCGGAAAGUGGAUCUAGGAAGAUGGGUUCUGUAAGAACUGGUAUUGAAAAGUACUUUUCAUCAUCUAAAACAAAUAAUUUCUCUUGCAAGAAACGGUCUGUCAAUGAGGAUAUUCAUUUUGAUGAAAGUGUCUGUGAUAAUGUUUUCAGCACUCAAGAUGACAGGUUUCUACAAUGUAACGGUGCGAUUGAUGGGUCCAUGAAUCAGGGAGUAAAGAGCAGGAAAAGCAUAGAUGUUGUUUCAUUUACGUUCAUGUCUCCAAUUAAAAGAUCAACGCCUACACCUCAAUCUUCUGAGCAGGUCAUGGAGAAAAGUGACUGCUUUUAUGCUGAUUCUUGUGGUGAUUGUGAUCUCUUUGACUUAAAAGAACCAAAAUUACUUGCUCCGGCAUUGGAUGAAGUUGGUGGUGAUGCUUUGAGUGUUCUUUUGGAGCAAAAGCUUAUGGAGUUGACAUUUAGGGUUGAAUCAUCCCCUAAUAAACAGGUCCAGCCAGGGACUACCACUAGUACUGCAUCUAGUUUGCAAGAGUCGGUGUCCACUGUCAGUGUGGUUAGCCCCACAGCAAUGGAGGAGGAGAAGAGGUUUCAAUUUCAUCUGCAAGAAAAUGAAUCAGAUAACUCAUCUGACUUUGAUUGCCCUUCAAUUCAUGGCUCGCUGGUCAAUGCAAACCAAGAGCAGGAGCAACUUCAGGAUUUAAAAGGGGUAGAAGAGCACUGCACUAGCAGCAGCAGUGGCAAAACUGGAGUGGAACUUGAUUAUAAGCAUCCUAUUCCGGUUCCAAUUCUUGAACCAUCUUCCUCCAGGAGAAGUUGCAACUCAUCAGAUAGCAGAAGCACUGACAGUAACUGUGGAACCGGGUACUCUUUAUUGACAGAGUCUCCUGAAACAAUUAGUAGGCUUCCUAGAAGAAAAUCCCAACCAAUGGAUGGUGAUACGGAGUUGUCUGAUUCAGCCUUAUCCAUGUCAUCUUGGGAUGUGUCUAGAUGGCAUACAAUUAUAAUAUCAGAUGAGAUGGAUGAUAACACAACCAACUGGGAACGGAGAUACGUAAGAAACAUAAUCUGCUUUUCAGAGUUGUUGUACAAGGAAUCUGCUCUAGGUCAAGCCCAAGAGGUGUUAAAGCCCUCUGUCUUUGAUCAGUUGGAGAAUCAAAAAACUAGAUCAGGAAGAAGUAGAGUAGGGUCUAGGCUUGACCGGAAGCUCUUGUUCGAUUGCGUGAGUGAAUGCCUAGAUUUGAGAUGUCGGUGGCUUUCCGGUGGAGGAUGCAAAGCAUGUGCCAAAUGGGUGAACUUGUUUCAAUCCAAGGGGUGGUUGGCAGAAGAACUGUGCAAUGAAAUAUUGGGCUGGAGAAGCAUGGCGGAGUUGUGGGUGGAUGAGCUUGUGGACAAGGACAUGAGCUGCAAGAAUGGGAGGUGGCUUGACUUUGAAAUUGAAGCAUUUGAGCAUGGUAUGGAGAUUGAGAAAGAUAUAUUUACUUGUUUGGUUGAUGAGUUGGUUGAUGAUUUGUUUUUGUCCUAAAGCCCUUCAUAUAUUUUUUUCAUAUUACUACUAUUGAUUUUGUAAAAUUUUCAUCCACUGUAUUACAGAGUGAUGUGAGUUGGUUUGCCUCUGGAUAUUGUAAUAGUUCCUUCAGGCAUAAAAGAAAAUUUGUCGUUCAGAAGCAGUAAAAA